CCAUUGCCAGCGUCUCUGCACGGCACGGGACGCCCCGUCUGGCCUCAGCUUCAUCUGCCCGGGCUUGGUAAACAGCAGCGGACACUGCACACACGGUACCCGGGUGGAUGAGAGACAGUCUAGCGGGUCGGUUGGCACCCACUAGACCUCUGCAAGGAGCUUGGCCCCGCAGGACACUUAGAAGCGGUACAAGUCAGAGACAGACAUGGCUUUGAAGAUUGUCAAAGGGAGCAUCGAUCGGAUGUUCGAUAAAAAUCUUCAGGAUUUAGUACGUGGCAUUAGGAAUCACAAGGAAGAUGAGGCCAAGUACAUCUCCACAUGCAUCGAUGAGAUCAAACAGGAGCUCAAGCAGGACAACAUCGCUGUCAAAGCCAAUGCUGUGUGCAAGCUCACCUACCUUCAGAUGCUGGGCUACGAUGUCAGCUGGGCUGCUUUCAACAUCGUUGAAGUCAUGAGCUCCUCUAAGUUUACAUACAAGAGGAUAGGCUACCUGGCGGCUUCACAGUGCUUUCACGAGAGCACUGAUGUCAUCAUGCUGACAACCAAUCAAAUCCGAAAGGAUCUCAGCAGUCCCAACCAGUAUGACACUGGUGUUGCCCUCACUGGCCUCUCCUGUUUCGUUACCCCCGACCUGGCACGGGACCUGGCCAAUGACAUCAUGACACUGAUGUCCCACACUAAACCUUACAUCAGAAAGAAAGCAGUGUUGAUCAUGUACAAGGUGUUCCUCAAGUACCCAGAGUCCCUGCGUCCUGCUUUUCCAAGACUUAAGGAGAAACUGGAGGAUCCAGACCCAGGCGUGCAGUCAGCAGCAGUAAAUGUUAUCUGUGAGCUUGCCCGGAGAAAUCCCAAGAACUACCUGUCUCUGGCCCCGCUCUUCUUCAAACUCAUGACCUCUUCUACUAAUAACUGGGUUCUCAUUAAGAUCAUCAAGCUGUUUGGUGCCCUCACACCACUCGAGCCACGAUUGGGGAAGAAGCUGAUCGAACCUCUGACAAACCUAAUCCACAGUACCUCUGCCAUGUCACUGCUGUAUGAAUGUGUCAACACUGUGAUUGCAGUGUUGAUUUCCUUAUCCUCUGGGAUGCCUAACCACAGUGCUAGUAUCCAGCUCUGUGUGCAGAAACUGCGAAUCCUGAUAGAAGACUCGGACCAGAACUUGAAGUACCUUGGCCUAUUGGCCAUGUCAAAGAUCCUGAAGACCCACCCCAAGUCGGUGCAGUCUCAUAAGGACCUCAUCCUCCAGUGUCUGGACGACAAGGAUGAGUCCAUCCGCCUUAGAGCUCUCGACCUGCUCUAUGGCAUGGUAUCCAAAAAGAACUUGAUGGAAAUUGUAAAGAAGCUGAUGCUGCAUGUGGACAAAGCAGAAGGAACCACCUACAGAGAUGAACUUCUCACCAAGAUCAUCGACAUCUGCAGCCAGAGCAACUACCAGUACAUCACCAACUUUGAAUGGUAUAUCAGUAUUCUGGUGGAGCUCACCCGAUUAGAGGGCACGCGGCAUGGCCAUCUCAUCGCCUCUCAGAUGCUCGAUGUUGCUAUUCGGGUUAAAGCCAUCCGGGUCUUUGCUGUUGCUCAAAUGGCCACUCUGCUGGACAACGCCCACCUGCUGACUGGCAACAUGCAACGAAACGGCAUCUGUGAAGUGUUGUACGCUGCAGCCUGGAUCUGCGGCGAGUUCUCAGAACACCUGGAGAACCCUAUGCAGACGCUGGAGGCCAUGCUACGGCCAAAGGUGGCCACCCUACCAGGUCACAUACAGGCAGUGUAUGUGCAGAAUGCAGCCAAGCUAUUUGCAACCGUGCUGAAGAGCCAGGAGGGGAACACGGACAGCACAACCGCGCAGGAAACCAGCCAGCUGAUGAUAGACAGGUUACCGCUGUUUGUCCAGAGCGCCAACCUUGAGGUGCAAGAGAGGGCGUCUUGCAUCCUGCAGCUUGUCAAGUACAUCCAGAAACUGCAGCAGAAAGAUGUAGAGGUAGCAGAGGAAGUCAGCGCUCUGUUUGCUGGAGAACUCAACCCUGUAGCCCCCAAGGCACAGAAGAAAGUGCCUGUUCCUGAAGGUCUGGACCUGGAUGCCUGGAUCAACGAGCCUCCAUCUGAGAGCGAGUCUGAGGAUGAGCAGCCCAAGGCUAUUUUUGCCAAGGAGGAGCCAAAACACUCCCGCCCCCGUCAUACAGAGGUGGACGAGAAGGAGUUGGCAAGAAGGAGAGAAGCCAGAAAGCAGGAGCAAGCCAACAACCCAUUCUACAUCAAGGCCUCCCCAUCGUCUCAGAAGGUUUACCAGGACACCCCAGGAGUGGAGCACAUCCCAGUCGUGCAGAUUGACCUCAGUGUGCCUCUCAAAGUCCCAGGUCUACCUAUGUCUGACCAGUACGUCAAGCUGGAGGAGGAGCGCCGGCAGAAAGAGAGGGCAGAGAAGAAGAAGAAGGAGAAGAAGAAGAGGAAAGAAAAGCGCACUGGACGAGGGAAGAAACAUGAUUCUGGCCCGGAGAGCGAGGAGGACAUCACGCCUGCGCACAUGGUUGACAUAGUUACGGAGGAGAUGCCAGAGAAUGCCUUACCCAGUGAUGAUGAUGACAAAGACCCCAAUGACCCUCACAAAGCUCUGGACAUCGACCUGGACAACUUGGUGGAAACGGCUGGGCGCAGGCCCCUUGCAGACAGUGAGAAGCUACCAGUCAGGUCACACCGUGCGGCAGAGGCUCCAAAAAGCCCAGCAGAAGAUGGAGAUGCAGAGAGUGCUGCCACACAGGCACCCAAGAAGAAGAGCGGCAAAGAAAAGAGGGAGAAGAAGAAAGAUAAAGACAGUGAUAGGAAGAAGAGCAAAGAAGAGAAGAAGAAGAAAAAACACAAACAUGAAGAAAAGGAGGAGGAUCUUCUGGGGGGUCAGGCAGACGAGUCCGUGGUCCAAUCAGAAGAAACCAGUGAGGUGGCAGCGCCGCCCACUUCCACCAGUGCUGAGGUUUCGGAUCUGGAUUUCUGGCUCUCAAACGCUCCAGUGCCCUCUAACACCCAGGAAGCAGCUACAGUAGCAGCAGCAGAAGCUGCCCCUGUGCCCAAGGUGGAAUCGGGCACAGCGCCAAACUCAGAGCCUGAUGAACCCAAAGACACUGAAAUGGAGGAGACUAAAUCCUCCAAACACAAGAAGAAGAAGCAGAAAAAGGAGAAGGAAGAGAAGGAGAAGAAAAAGAAGAAGAAGCAUCAUCACCACCACCACCACAGUGACGGAGGUGGAGAGGAGUCGGUGCAGAAUGGCACCGUGGAGGAGGAAGAGCCUCUGCCGCCCAUGUCCAAUUACUGCCUGCUGGCUGAGAACUCCUACAUCAAGAUGGUAUAUGACAUCCAGGGGAACCUGCAGGACGGCAGUCAGGUCGUGGUGUCUGUCAUAUUUGAAAACAAGUGUGACAGCUUCCUCAAAUCCAUGGAGUUCAACGUCCUGGACUCUCUCAACUCCAAGCUGCAGAGGCCAGAGGGCUCGGGUCCACAUGAUGGUCUCACUGUCCCUUUCCAACUUCCACCAGGGGUGUCCAAUGAGGCGCGAUUUGUCUUCACUGUGCAGAGCAUUGUGAUGUCACAGAAACUGAAGGGAACACUCACCUUCAUAGUCAAGAAUGAGGAGGACUCCACUCAUGAGAAACUGGACUUCAAACUGCACUUUACCUGCACCUCCUACCUAAUCACUACUCCUUGCUACAGUGAUGCAUUUGCAAAGCUGCUGGAAUCAGGGGACCUGAAGGGCAGCUCUGUCAGACUGGAGGGAGUGAACAUGCCCUUCCACCACCUACUGGCCAGGAUCUGCUUCCAUCACCACUUCUCUGUUGUGGAGAGGAUCGACUCCUGUGCCUCUAUGUACAGCAGGUCUAUCCAGGGUCACCAUGUCUGUCUGCUGGUCAAAACUUCUGGUCAGACGGUGUCCAUUGACGCUAAAUGUGACGAGCCGACGCUGCUUGGGAAUGUGCUGGAUGAGAUCAAGCAGACCUUCUCUCAGUGCUGAUUGUGUCUGACAGCCCCAGGGUGCCCCCAACCAGGCCACAUCACCACCCCUCCCUCGCUGUAACACAACAUAAUCAUGUUACGAAACACUGCGGCUGGCACUUCAAUUAUCGCCCUAUUUAUUAGUCCUGAGGUUCGCAAGAUUUCUUUCCCCUUACCUUCUACGUCAGUGUCCCACACUCUGUUGUUCUUCUGCACUCUGAGCUCUGUGGUCACUCCCCGACACUUGAUGUUGUUUUACAGACUCACCGUGUACAUGCUCCGUCUCCUCUGCAAUGCACUUUCAUUUUUACUUCCUGGUUUUCGACCCCUAACAGCCACCCUUUUCCACCCGACUUUGACUCUACUGAGCUCCUGUUUCUGGAUGCCCGGCAUCCUCUGCUCUUUCCUGUGUACCUUUCCACCCUCUACUCUGUCGGCAAUUCAGUCUAUGACAGUCAUGUAAUGUAAUGUUGACAACUGGACUUUUGCCGUUGAUGGUUGAAUUGUGUUUUUACUGUUUUGAAGUUUUUUUUUGUCUUUGGUUUGUUUUUGUUUGUUGUAUCUGUCUAAUUUUUUUGUCUAAAGCCUGUCUGCGCCUUUGUCUCGCCCCCUUCUUUCUGCUCACUAAACAUCUGUGUGUGUGCUGCUCAUCUGUUUAGGCCUGGAAAAACCAUGUGACUGACUCUUUUUCAGACUGAUCCUAGCUGGAAAAAUUGGGGACUCUGUAGUGAGGAUAGUGCAGACAUGAAACCAAAGCUACAUUUAAGGCAUGGGUCUUUAACUACUAUCAGAGCUGUUUGCCCUACUUGCCUUUUGGCAAGGCUCAGAGCAGAUCUGCUAGUGUUAGUUUAACAGAAUCCUUGUGUGGCACUGUGGAAGAUUUGAACAGUAGAUCAGUGGUUUUGCUCUGUGCCUUUAGCUGUGCAGUCUGACCUACUCCAGCGCUUCAUGCGUCUCAUAGAGCUCCACCUCCCUCCCCAGUAUAUUUGCUCCCUGAUCCAACAGUUUGACCCAACCUCCCCUCUUCCCAAACACAAACUUCCAGUAUAUCAUACCUUUCACCAAUCAAGGAUGAAUUUGAAGACAGGAGAGUAAUUGAAAGAAACUCUUUCACCAGAGUAGAAGUGUAAUGUGAGACUUCUGUUUCAGCACAGGACAUUUUGGUGUCAGGCCAAUGCCACCUUUGUCAGCCUCUUCAUCAACUCAUAGCUGGAGUUGUUAGUGUUAUAGAAGAUGUUAUAUUGUAAUUAUACAGAAACAUGUUAUUCCUAUGAGGCCGCUAUGGUGCUGACGGUCCUCAUUUGUGUCACCAUAUGGUCAAAUUAGCGACAGAAUAAUCUGACAUGAAGAGCUGCUCAUGUUAUAUCAUUGCCCUUACUCCUUUCUCUGAAAACGUCAAACUGAUUAGCUAAAGGAUGCCAUAGUUACAUUAUCAGCCUUUCUCUGUUUUUAAAACCAGCUGCUCUGCAUAUCAGGUUGCUGAAGUUGUUUUCUCUGUAAGCAGAGACUGUGAAGUGGUCAGUGAUUUUUAGGUUCCCUCUCAAUCAGUAUUUGGCAACGUAGCUUCCAUGUUCUGUCAACAGCAGAAUGGAGUUUUGUCUGUCUUCAUGUGAAAUCAUGAAACAAAUACAGCACCACUUUUAACGUUUGCAUAACAGUAGCUGCACUCAGGCUGUUUGACACCCAGCUGGUGUGCACCCAGAUAAAUCCCCAAUGUUUCUUUUCCCUCCUGAAACUGCCUUGCCACUUUUUUGUGCAUUGACAUGUUAUGAUGAACAUGAAAGGCCAUUUUAAAAAAGAAAAAGAAAAAAAAAGAAAAAAGAAAUGGCCUCCUCUUAAAACACUGAGGUACGGGAUGUUUUAAUUUGCGUCAUUCAUGUCACUACCUGGUCCAGAACGACUUAACCUAGUAGUAGCAAGAUAAAAACUGACUUGGUUGUGUCUCUGUUCAUAUAUACUGAUAAGACCCCUUCACAUUUGUCUGCUAUUGUAGAUAACAACGAUAAUGAUGUCUGUGACCUGAAGAUCAGGUCAGCCAUUCCAUGAGAGCUUCUGUCCAGUAGUAGUCUGAAUACAGAGGUGAUCAGCUGUAUAUCAGGAAUGUCAAUAGAAAAUGAGUAUGUAUGUAUUCCCUGUUCUUGAAAAUGACUGAUAUCAGUGAAACUGAAAAAAAAACGACUCAACCAAUCAUACUUUGUCCUGAUUCUGAUCAUUUUUCCUGUGCAUAAUAUUUGAUUAAAAUGUGUAUAUUGCAUGAUUAGGAAUGUACACUUUUUAUUUCCUGUUUUCUGUUCCAUGGACAUGCUUACACAAACAAAAACUGGUCAUUCCAUCUUGUCCUUUUUCUUUAUAGUCUUUUUUUUUUAUAUAUAUAAAGUUUACUUGACCAUUCUCUGUUUUUGAUGGUAUUGUGUUUUUAUCUACUCUAAGAUCAGACAAUUUUAAAAAGUGAUAUUAUUGAAUGUUUUAAAUUAUUAAACACAGGGGAAGGAAGGGGGUUCUAUUUGCUGUCAUGACACACAGGGCUUAGGGAUCCGAUUAAGAAGUUGAAUAGAACGGGUCACAAGAAGCAGUGUACUGAGAGGCAACCCACUCUGUCUUAAUUCUCUAUUGGUUCAGUUGUAGUGAGUUAUUUUACCAAGUUUGGCUGUGACAUUGAAAUAUACUCCUAUAUGACUCUGUUUCUGAAGGUCCUGUCUUUUUAUUUCUCCAUACUCAGUUCUCCAGCUGUAUAAUGUAAUAUAUGUUUUAAAGGGGGUAACAUAAAUUAUCUACAUUCCCUUUAAACAAAGUCCACCCUGAUUAAAAGUAAAGGCUGUAAGAAGCUGA